AUGUUUGUAUUUCCAGCAUUUGAUUCUAAUUACAAAACAAGAAAGAGAACAUUCAAAUGUUGUUCUAAUUGUCGAGUCAAAAGAACUAAAUGUGAUAUUACUGCUUCUGAUUAUGAAUUAAUGGGUUGUUUAAAUUGUAGAAAACAUAAAUGGUCUUGUUCUUUAGUUAAAGGAAAUCCACAAGAAUCAACGGUAGAUGAACAAGUACCCAGGCAGAUACAACCAGUACAACACCAAAUACAAGUACAACUGCCAAUGCCACCUCCUUCAUCAUCAUCUCAACAAUCACCAGCACAACCACUUGCAGGAUCAAGUACACUUAGUAUGGAAAACAUUCAUACAACAAUACCAAAUACUCCAACUGCACCGUCUUCAUUCACUUCAGCAAUGUCAGGUACACCCGCUCGGAGAUUUAGUUCCGCCUCAUCAAUUGGUUCAAUGCCACCAUAUCAACCAAUGGAUAUGACUAGAAUAACCCCACAAUUUUUACAUGAUUCUUUUAAUUUUAAUAUUUCAAGUCAUCUGGAUUCAACUUUCCAAUAUUUAAUUCAUGGACAUCCAAAAGUAGUCAUGUCAUCUACUGAAACUAAAGAUAAAACAAUUUGGCAUGAAUCUGGGGUUUAUGUUAAUACUGGUAAAGAUGGUGAUGAAUCUGAUACUAAUAAUAAAUCUAAGAAGUAUAAAGUUAAACAUUUUGGUAAUGAUUUAGAGAAACAAUUUUAUCUUAAAUCGGAAAGAAUUUAUCAAUUCUUAUUAUCAAUUAAUGCUUUUACAUUAUCAAGUCCUGAAUAUCCUUUAACUAAAGAACAUGAAUUCAAUUUAUUAAAUUUAUAUUUCUAUAAAAUCAAUUCAAUAUUCCCAAUAGUUUCAGAUCAUUCAUUUUGGGAAGAAUAUAAUAACAAUAAAGCACAAAAUAUAAUGAUUUAUUCAAUGAUAUUAGUCAUCGCCAAGGAUAAACUUGCAGAACCAAUCUUGAAACCUGUAUUCCUUAAUGGAUCAAGAGCAAGAACGGGUGAACAGAUCUAUGACAUGACUCAAGAACAAUAUAAUAUCGAAUUAGUCAAAUUCUUAACUGAUUUAGAAUACAAAAUCCGACAAAUCUUAUUAAUCCUUCCCCAAUUAGGUGAUGAAGAUAAAUUCAGUCGUAUUGUCAUUCAUUUAUUAUUACUGUUACAUUUCGGCUAUGAUCGAUUGGGAAACGAACAAAGUGCCCAUGAUUUAAUGGAUUCCAUCGGGAUUGCCACGGCAAUGGGAAUUCAUAUGAAACGAUUACAACAACUGGCUGAAUUUAUAGAAUAUUCAACUAAUCUAUGGUGGUGUUGUUAUAUAUUUGAUAGAUUUAAUGGAUUGGUGAAUUCAAGACCAUGUUUUAUAAAAUCAGAAGAUUUUAAUGUCGAUUUACCUUACAAAAACAUCACCUUAUUAAAAAUGGUACAAAUUGCAAGAAAUUUAGAAAGUAUGUUCUUUGCCGUAUUUAGACCAUUUAAUAAUAAUAAUAUCCCAUCAAAUGAUUCAAUGGGAAGAUAUUCAAAAUUCAAUCUUGAUGAAUUUCAAAGAAUAGAAUUCGAAUUAUGUGAACAAGAACGAACUUCCUUCUCCCAUCAUCAACAACUAUUCAAAAUCGGCAAAACCACCGACUCCCUUCCUGAUUACAUCACCGACGCCACCCAUUUCAUCUCCCGUAUGGUAAACAACGUCGUCAUCCUCGCAUCCCAAAAAGCCAAAUAUGACAACCCCGACAUCCCCAACCACAUUCCGGAGGCAUUAGCGCUCAGAGCAAGUCUGAAUAUGUUAUGGUAUCUCUCGCAAAUGGACGAUCGAUACGUGACAAACAUCCCCAUGAUCCCAUGGUGUAUGUCCCUUUCGAUGGCUGUGGCACUCAAGAAAAAGGCCAGGACACAUUUGACGAAAUAUAAUUUCCCCGAAUAUGAACAAUAUAAGGAUGUAUUCGAAUUUGAAGAUUAUCUUGUGGAAUUGGAAAAGUUUGCUCCGACGUAUUGGGUGGUGGAUGAGAUAUGUAGGUUGACUCGGGAUUUUGUUAAUAAAUUAUUGAAUAAGAAGAAAUCCGGUAGUGGUAGUAGGAAGAGAAGAACGAGUGCUAAGAAUAAUGAAAAACUGGCUGGACUGGUUAGGAAGAUGAUCAGGCUGGAUUCGCUGCUGGGGGUGGUUGUGAAUACGCCGAAUAAUAAUGUUGUGAGAAGUGAGGGUUCCCCCGUGAUGGCUGUCCCACCACCCACUGGGGUUCCCAUACCUGUGACAACCACCACCAACAAUAUAGAUAAUUCCCCAUUGGUGCCACCAGGCACAAGUGAGGAUAUUUCAGGUUCGGUGACUACUAAUUCGGUAGCGGGGUCGGUGACUUCUGAUAUGUUUGAUCAAUAUGAUCAAUAUUUUGAAUCAAUGCAAAUUGAUAUCUUUAAUAAUGAUUUCUUUACUGAUGUACCUAAUGUGAUUAAUUUACUUAAUUAA